AUGUCCUUUCCACACAUGCAGCGCUUCAACGAUCUGGAUAAUGAGUUUCAUUUGGCCGACAGGGACCGAGACAAUCUUCUCAGCCCUGGAGAAGCAAAAGUGUAUUUUGAUCAAUUCCAACUGCCACUACCUGUGAUGAAAUUUAUUUGGUCAUCGGCCAAAACUAGCCAGGCACCAGGACUUACCAUUGAUGAAUUUAAACAUGCCAUGUCUUUGAUUCGUCAAGAGCUGAUGAAUCCAGGAAGUUUACCCAUCGGAAGUGGUGGUUCUCCUGCAAAUUUCCAUCCUCCACAAUCACCAGGAUUUGAUUACAGCAUCAAACAAGAAGAACGGGAUCAGUAUGAAACCAACUUUUCGAAUUUAGCACGAGGAAAAUACACAAUUCCCUAUGAUGAGUGUAUGAAUUUCUUUUCAAAGGCAGGACUUCCAAACGAUAUCCUCAAUACGAUUUUCCAAUUGGCCGACUUUGAGAGAAACAAGGUUUUGGACAAGGAAGAAUUUGUGAUUGCCAUGCACUUGGUAAGAUUGAAGAGAAAGAUGCCUAAUAUUCCAAUACCUAUGCAACUCCCACCCGUUUUGAUUCCACCUUCCAAACAAUCAUUGGUUGGUGUAGGCACGCCUUCCGGCAUUUCUAGCCCACCUUUAAGACCAAGAAGUGAGUCAACUACGAGUAUGGAUAGUAUUAACAAUGGACCUCCUACUCUUGUGCCAUCAUCAGGAACCCUAGGAGGUUUUGGAGGACCACCACCUCUCGGAAUGAGUAACAAUUUUGGUGGAAGCUUUAGUGGCCCACCUCCACUUGGCAAUAAUUUCAGUAGCCCAAACAUGAUGGGAGGAGGCUCAGGUCCAGUUACUCUUGGUCCAAUUAGAGAUAUGGAAAACCAAGUGAAUAGGGUUUUAGAGGAAACAAGAAUGAUCAAUCAACAAAUGUUCCCAUUACGUCAAUCUGUUGAACAAAAUGAUUUGAGACUGAACAGUUUAAGAGAGAGAAAGGCAGAUUUGGAAAAUGAUUUGAACCAAGUUCGUCAAGAGUUUGAAAAUUUAAAGAUGCAAAAUCAAGCAAAGGCUGAAGAAAUUGCACAACUCGAGUCACAAAGUUUCAGAUUAGAGCAAGAAAGAUUGGAGUUCCAAAACCAAAUUCAAAGAGUGAGACAGGAAGUGAUGAGAUUGGAACAAAUUUAUGAGAAAACCAACCUGUCAUACCAAAGUGCCAGUGGUAUUGCUGAGUCUUUGAAAUCGGAGUUGGAACAAAAUUUGAACGAGCUCAUCAAACACAAGGAUGAGUUAUUGAACCUUAAAAACUCCAAUCAACAAGGAGAUGAAUUUGUACAUGGUAUUGAACAGGAAAUCGCCAAUGCAAAGAAUGAAUUACAAGCUGUUCGAGAGCAAUUACAACAGGCUAGAAUGAUUAACGAAGAUUUACAAACCAAAGUCAAGAACUUACAACUCCAAAAGCAAGAUAUCGAGCAAUCUACUUUUAACACAAAGACUGAGCUUAGUGGACUUAUUUCACAAAGCGAAGAUCUUAAAAAUCAACUUUCGAGAUGCCAACAAGAUUUGGAGAAUCAAAAACGAAAGUCUGUACCAAAUGCCAAGUUGGUCAAGUUGACUGGUUUAAUCAAAAAGAUUCAAGAGUACAUUAAUGAGUUUGACUCAGCUCUUGGAGAAGAAUUCCCUAAUCAACCAGCCAGUGAAUUGAAAGUUGUUCCACCUGUCACUGCAAAGGUAACUUCACCAAUCUCCACUCCUUCUCAACCAAAACCUCUUCCUACUUCUACAUCGAAAUCAUCUUUUGGUAAUGAUGACUUUGGUUUUGGAAAUGACAGUUUCGGAAGCUCUAACUUUGGUACCGUCAAUAAGGCUCCUUCAACACAAACAACAGUAUCCAGUGGAUUCUCUGCUAAUUUUGGUGAUGAUUUUGGUUUUGACACCAAACCUGCCCAAACAGGCAAGUCAUCUAACGUUGGAUUUGAUAAUGAUGAUUUUGGCUUUGAUUCUAAGCCACCAUCUUCAACCACUGCCAAACCUCCUUCAUCUCAACCUUCAUCCACCAAGACACCUUCAUUCGAUAAUGAUGAUUUUGGAUUUGACUCCAAACCAUCCAAUGGUGGAUUUGGAAAUGAUGAUUUUGGAUUUGAUUCCAAGCCAGCAUCCAGCGGAGGUUUCGGAAAUGACGACUUUGGAUUUGAUAUCAAGCCAGCUGCAAAGACAUCACAAACAUCCUCUACAAAAACACCAUCCUUUGACAAUGAUGAUUUUGGAUUUGGCUCAACAACCACAGCAUCCACUACCAAAGGCUUUGAUGAUUUUGGAGAUUUUGGAACUAGCACUUCAACAAGCAAUACUAAAUCAUCAUCUGCCAAACAAGACGACUUUGGGUUUGAUUCUGAUUUUACAUCAUUUUCUACAAACAAGCCAUCUAGCGACCCAUGGAACGACUUUGCUCAAACCAAUAGCGUUAUAACCAAAGAAGCUCCAAAAUCAGAAGGUUGGGCAGAUUUCGGUGAUAAUUUUUAA